UUCAAAAUUGUAUUUUUGAAAUAUUUAAAGUAGCAGUAAUAUUAGGAUACUAGUGCCUCUCUUGUAAUUCAUCAGUCACUCUUAUUGGAUGAAUUCAAGGUCAUUUUGUGUCUUGUGUGAAAUGGCUGGUAAAUUGGUGACAAAAAAUGAAUAAUGGUGUAAGAUGGAGGAAAAGAUCCAACAAAUGCUGAUGACACACCAAACGCAGCAAGUGGAAAUAACGCUUAUAUUUAGACCCUUUUGCAUAAUUAAAGUUAUUGAAUGAAAUAAAAAAUUACAAUCAAGUUAAAUCAACACCUCUGACCUGCUCAACAAAUGGGAAAAUGGGAAUUUACUGCAGGGGCAACAGCUUUUAACAAGGUGAGGUGGUUAUUUUUUCUCAUUCUGCAUGCAAUGAAAAUAAAAUGUCUGCUUUUUUUACGAGAGCAGCAAGUGGCAGUUAAAACUUUAUUGACAUUUGACUGUCGGCUGACGCCGUGUCACCUCUGCAAAUUUCCAUCCCAUAAAACAGCAGGCAUUUUCAGUUCAUUAGGUUUCCUCUUGCCACAGCUAAAGCGACUCAACCUGUUCCUUCCUCCCGUCUUAGACGCCCUUCCACCAGACUCAUUUCCUCCAGACGCAAGCGGAUUAUCUCGGCACAUGGAGUCGUGGAAUAUGACUGAUGUGCCAGCAAGGACAUUCUCUCCUCUGUCCAACUGCACCGUGGACACCAGCUACCGCUUCACCUUCUAUCAGGCGUCCUACGGGGUGAUCUUCGUGCUGGGGCUGGCCACCAACAGCCUGGCCCUGCGCCGACUGUGCGCCUCUCCGCGCACCAUGAACAGCACGGCCAUCUACAUGCUCAGCCUGUCGGCUGCCGACUUGUUUUUUAUAAUCUCUCUGCCCCUGAGAAUCUACUACUACCACCAAAAAGCCAGAGCCUUGUCGUCUGAGGCGGCGGACCCGCCCAGCUGGACAGGGGCCGGAUACUGCCACCUCACUUUCUUCCUCAAAUACAUCAGCUUGUACGGGGGCAUCUUCUUCCUGGUGUGCAUCGCGGUGGACCGCUACUUUGCGGUGGUGCACCCGCUGGCCUCGACCCUGCGCAGGCGGCGCGUUGCACGGCUGGUUAGCGGUGGGAGCUGGUGCCUGGUGCUGGGGCUCAGCGCGAGUCUGCCUCUGCUGCACUCGGCGGCCAGACGCCCACACCAGCCCUGUCUGCCGGACCCGUCCUCGCAGCGGCAACGCGCCAUCAUCCUGGCGGCCCUGGGCCUGGUCCAGGGGUCAUUCCUGCUGCCGACUGCGCUGCUUCUCUGCAGCUACAGCAGAGUGCUGGGCGUGCUGCGCCGGGCGAGGGGGCGCUCCCGCGGCCAGCGCCGCAGCCGGCGGCACACGCUCACCAUCAUCUACUGGGUGCUGGGCAUCUUCCUGCUGUGCUUCGUCCCCUAUCACAUCAACCUGCUGGGAUACACGCUGACGCACGUGGGGCUGCUGCAGCACUGCGGCCUGGCCAAGGUGACCAAGGCUGUGCACCCCGUGGUGUUAUCGCUAGCCAGCUGCAACUGCUGCCUCAACCCUCUCGUUUACUAUUUCUCCAGCAGCCUGGUGCACAGGGAGGCGCCCGGCAGCCAGUGACCGAGCGUUUGUUUCUUUAUCAUUAUCUCAAGGUCUCCACACGCCUGGUUUCAUUAUCAUUAUCUCAAGGUCUCCACACGCCUUUGUACAACAAAUUCCAUACAAUUGACAAGGACUUUGUAUAUGAAUAUACAGUAUCCCAUAAACCACUUCUUAGUGUAAAUAGGGUAUCGGUAUUUUUGCCAGGAGUUUGUUGGUUGGUUUAUUUUAGCGCUCCAGUCUGGGGUUCAGUACCAUGCACAUUGUCACUUAAUCAUUUGUUCAGUAUAAUAUGUCCGUAUGUGUUUGUGAAAUAUUUAAAUGCAAUAUUUUUUAUACAGAGUGAAUGUUGAAUUUGGGUGGAACCUACUGCCGGGAAGUAUUAUGCCUCUGUUAAUCUGACAAAAAUGAUUUUUUCUUUUCUUUUUUUUAGGGUUAGCAUGUGGAUUCCUGUGUACUGGUCAAAAACAUGUUUUGUAAUGUCAAAUAUACCGGUGACUUCCAAAAUGGAAUGAGUUCAUCCUUGAGUUUAAGUGAAUAUUUGUGGCAGAUUUAAAAAAAUGUUCCUUCCAGGCAUUACUGAGACAACGCGUUCCCGGGAAAUGACCCACCCUAAACAUAACACUUCCGUUCCCAGCAGUAGCAGGAGACCGAUAACAAUCAGAUAACAAUGCUGAUGAAACGUGAUUGAGUUCAUAUGUUGUUAUUGCAUGUAAAGUAUUCAAAUGAGGUAAUAAUACAUGCCAAUCUUUUCUUUCUUCUCAUCAGACAAUAAAUGCUAAAUGUACGUCUCCUUGUAGAGUCUGAGUUUUAAUGCUCUUUAUGCAUGCACCCCAUUAACAAGCUUUGACACUAUUGUUGUCAUUUUUAUUAUUAUUAUUAUGUUGUAGUGAUGGGAGGAAAAAC